AUAACGGACUCCGUUAUUCAUUGCUGGCAAAAAUUUCAGAUUUCAAAAUUUUUGAAUUUGAGGUAUUUAAUACUCACAUUGUCUCUCUCCUCCUUGUUAUUCUCUCUCCUCCUUCAAAGCAGUCCUUCUUCCUCGUGCUCCUCCUGCAGUGAAGACGAGCAAGAAAUUCAGAUUUCGGGAAUUUUGGGCAAAAAAUUCACACCUCCAUUUUCAAGACGAGCUAAAAAAUUCACACCUCCAUUUUCAAGACGAGCUAGGAUUGUUCGUUAAUUUGGUGAAUUCGUGAAAAGCAAUUGCGCUGGAGGAAGAAUUAUUUGUCAUCAAGAGGAAAAUGGGUAAACGUAAUGCUCCACUUCCAAAGGAGAAAAAAACAGAGGAAGACGUUGUUAAGGGAAAGGGCGUGUCUACAAGGGCAGGAGCACGAACGAGAACAACUGCAUGUGGACUAAAGGCAGUGGAAGGUUCUUCCAGUGGAAAGAAGAGAAAAGUCUAUGAUGCGGAGAUUAGUGGAGAGGAGGAGCCACGUACAGAGAGCAACGAUGACGAGGACGUCGUUAGUAUUCAUAACUUAACCACUACUAUUAGACCGAUGUUGAGUGUAGGUGCUCAGGUGAAGAAAUCGGAGACUGUUGUGUCCACCAGGCUGAGGAAAGGCAUGCAUGAGAAUGAUAGGAUUGAGGUGUUUUCAAAGUUGGUGUCACUGUUGGAUGACAGUCGAAGGGAUUUAGUUAGAAAAAUGGGGUUUGGAGCCCUCCUCACCGUGAAACUGCGCAACCUGUCCCCAGAAUUUGCCUACUGGUUAGUGACCAGGGUAGAUGGUGCUAAUGGGGUGUUUUAUGGUGGGGGCGAUAUGGAAUUCAGCCUGGAUCCCAUCCAAUUUAACUGUGUUUUGGGGCUGCCUAUGGGUACUCAGCCUGUACCAUCUCUUAAUGGAAACCUAGACACACGCCAUAGGAAUAUAGCAGACCAUAUUGUUCAGAUGUAUGGGGAUAGUGGUGGGGUUUCUGUUCAGAAAGCUUGGGAAUUUGCAGUUGGGAUGAGGGAUGGACAGGGUAAGGCGGUGGCUACUAUUGUCCCAAUUGUAACAAGAGAGGAGGAAUUUGAAUUUAGAAUAGCCUUUAUGAUUGUUAUACUGGAGCUGGUGUUGUGCCCAAGCACAGACGGGUUUACCUUGGCGGGAAGGUUGUUACCUGCCGCAUCGGUAGCACCGGAGUCAAAUUCAUAUGAUUGGUGCACGUUCUGUUUAGAGUGGCUAAAGAUAUGGUGCAAAAUGUUUGCACAUCAGUUUGAUCAGCAUGGAGUUGUUUCUGGAUUGGGGGGCUGCAGCCUAUUUUUGACGGUGUUCUACCUGGACCACCUGAAUGUUGUUCCUAGGCAAUGGUGUGUUAUGCCGAGGGUGGAUGUGUGGUCCCAAUCUGAUGUGGAUGCCCUGAUAGAGGCAGACAAGAAAGCUGGAGGUGACUAUGGAAGAACUCAGUCUGUUGAUGUUGCUUACGGCGAGAGACACCAUCCUCGAUUGCCAAGAGAUAUGCGGGGUUCCUACAUUGCAAAAGAGGUUCUGAAUGUUUUAACAAGCCGAUUUGAGAGAAUCGAGGAGCAAAUGCACAACCAAGGAGAGGUUUUAAGAAGUAUGAAACUUGAUUUGUCAAGAAUAGUAGGGGUGAGGGAACAAGAUAGUGGGUUGAAGGACACUCAAAGUGGAGGUACAAGUGGUGGUAGUGUGGGUGGUGUGGCUGUUUGCCCUGCUCUCGGAGGUACGCAGACAAUGAGGCCGACCACAAUUCCUACGGCCACUGCACAGCAGUUUGGAGUUCCGUCGCCGGUGGGUUUUGCACCGGCCUUUGGUUCAGCUCGGGGUAUUGGCACCCGAGGCUUUGGGUUCCCUCCUCCUUCCACUUCAGUCUCUCCAGUUUUGGUGAGUGAUCCUAUAACCCCUGGUCCUUCUUCUGCGGUUACCUCAGAUGUUCUUGGAUUUAUGGCUCCCUCUUCCUCUGAUUGUUCUGUCCCUACGAAAUCUAUGACCACGCUACAGACUGAAGUACAAUCUCCUGCUCAGAAGCCGGUAAUCACCACUGAAAUUUUAAAGGGAGUUUCACCUCUUAGGAGCUCCCGGAAGAGUCGUACUGAUAUGGAGAAGGAAUUGGUUGCUUUCAUCAAGGAGUGCCAGGGAAAUAGCAAGGAUGAAGGACCAGAGUUGAUUGAGUUCGAUGGUUUAUGUCUAAGCAAAUAUCAGAUGUAUCGAAUGGUAGCAAUGGAUGAGUAUGCGGGGAUAGAAUACGUCAAAGUGGCUAGUAAGAUGUAUACUAGCAGGUGGAAGGCAGAAUUGGGUGCCGGUAGAGGACGAAGUGUAAUGCUUGAACCUGGUUUCGGGGUUAAGGUACAAACAAACGAACCCCCUCAGUCUCUUGUAGCCCCAUUCGGUGCCCCCUUUGAAAACCUCGUCAUUCGGAAAAUGUUUGUGGUUGUAGUACCCGUGUUGCACAUGUACUUCACACUUCCACCGCACACACGUUGGUAUUGUGUUGCAUUAUCCAUGAAGGAUAAGCGGAUUUGGGUCCUUGAUCCUACAUCAGACGAGCCUUUGUCUGAGCACGGUCGUCUGAUUAGCCACAUGUUCAAGUACUUGGACACCCUGUUUUACUUUAAAGACGAGUCAUGGGUAAAGGAUGGACUGAGUGGAUGGGGGGUUGACCUUGUUUCUGUCCCACCAAGCGAUGAUGUGUCAAGUUGUGUUGUAAUGCUAGCAUGGAUAAAGGACAUAGUCCAACGCAACAAAAUUUCUCCCACAUUCCAACCGGGUGCAAUAGAGGAUGCAAGGGUAUCACUUGCUGUUGAUGACAUCUUGUGCGAGUUGAAUGUGAGGAGACCUGAGGUGUACGACCUUAUUUCUGGGAGGCAAGUCCGUGUGUAGACCGUGUUUACGUGCUUGAAGUUAAGUUUUUGGAUGUAAUUUGGAUGUAUUUUGGAUGUAUUUCGGCAACUCUGUUGCAUUUGAAUUCUGGUACUUAGUUUGGAAGUUAGUUUGGAAGUUUGUGUGGAAGUUAGUUUAUGACCAAACAUUUGAUGUUGUAUGUUUAUAUUUCUACUGUGAACUAAGGGGUCUUUUGUUUUAAAGGAAUCCAGGUAGAAAUAAGAUAUUUAUGCGCCAAUUAAGAUCCCUGAUUUGUAGUUAUGUAUGAAAUCAAUCAGAUAAAUGAACACAAGUAGUGAAAUGCACACAGGUAGUGAAAUGCAGGUCAACUUUGG